CUCUUUGGCUCGACUGGCUAGCUUCGCUCGAUUCACUACGCCUAUGUAACACGUCUCAGCCAGUGCCCGGGCUAAUGUUUUACGGUUGGCGAGAAACACAGGAACAUUGUUAUUCAUUUGAUCCACAUCACUUCCUGGUUGCUGCCCACCUGCAUAAAGCCUAUUAAAAAGAUGGCGAAAGGAAGAUUUGUGUUCAUCUGGCUGCAAUUUUCAGCAUUUGUCCCUGCUAUGGCUUACCUGUGGAAUCACCAGCAGCCUCAGGUAAUCUCAAGAGGACCGCAGCCGCCACAGGACUUCAGUCAUGCGAGCUACUGGCAGCAUGAAACUCCUGCGCCACUGCUACCCCAUAGAGCUCAGCCGGUGAUGCACAGCCCUCAGCUUCCACAGUAUUCCGCGCCGCACGUGCAACCCCAGCCUUACCGUCGUCCGGUAUCUCCAGGUGUCUCCACAGCACCGCUAGAGGUGGAGCCACUAGAAGCCGAACUGUUGACUACCACGGCACCACGACCUCCUCUUCCACUUCCAGUUCGCCAUCCGCCGCCAGCCUAUCACGUGUCUAGUCCCUACCAGAGACCUCCUAACCCUCCGGCAACUUGGAAAGCAGGAGCAAACUACAACGCGCAGCAAGUGCCGCCACCUCCGCCUCGUGUUGGUACCGGGCCUUUGAGGCCUGGUCAGCCUCAGCCCGCACAUGCUCCCAUUGGAGUGCAUGCUCAUCACGUGCAGUCAGCGCCACAGACCUAUGUCGCUCAGCACGUGGCGCCGGCGAUGCAUAGUGCUCAGGCUAUGGGCCCCUCUCCUCACUCCUACAGCCAGCAGCAGCCGCCGGCCUAUUCCUCCCAUGGCGGUUGGGGGUCCUACUCUCCCGCAGCUUCUGACACAGGAAGUCCUCACGACAUUUUUUCCAGUCGCUUUAAUGUCCAGGCCUUCCAGCACGGCUAUAUUCAGGCAUUUGUGACGACACUGGUGCCUCCAACCCAAUCACCGGGCUCAGGCACAUGGGGGGCAGGAGAGUGGGGACAGGUUGGCUUCAACAUGAACGCUGCAGUUCCGGCUACUACACUUCCCCAGACGACAACCACCACGCCUUCUCAUAUGAUCGCUGUGAACCCAGCUGGCAUCCAGGCAGGUUUUUACAUUGGUCCAAAUCCGAAGAGUUUGGAUCCCACCAAACAGAAUCGCCCGAAGCCCACAACGCAAAUUAUCGAGACCAUACAUCAAGGAAGUGCUGCAGACUUAGCUGGUGGGUUCUUUGGAAAUACUCCUCCUCCACCUACAACAACAACACCACCCCUGCCAGGCAGAGAUGGCAAUCACAUGGCUGGGUGGUUAGGAUUCAAUGGUGAUCAACCCACGGAGCCACCUGCAUCUAAAGCUAGGAAUGAAGUCAGUAACCAAGGUUUUCAGUCUUUCUUCCCUGUGCCGGGUGUAGACGCACAAAACACUAACCAGGUGUCUACAGGGACAGGACAGAACAGCGCAGGGAAGACUAGCUCGCAGACUGUGCAAAAUGCCCUCAGCACCCUACUCCAGAAUCUGAAAGGCAACCCGCAGCUGCUGAGCUCUGUGCUGUCACAGCUCGGCUCGCAGCCAGUCAGGAAGUAGUUGCCACUCUUCAAAAGAGAACCAGCUUAAAUGGAUGAUAUCUUCUUCAGUGAAACAACUCCAGCACCCAAAGCAAAAUCGUCUUUGACAUCGGGAACUGGUGAAAAGAGAAGUGUAAAACCUGUGUUUUGUCUGGAAAAGCAAAAUGUCAUCACUGAAAGAAGUGUGUUCGAAGUAAAAUGUAAGCCAUGGUGAUCUGCAAUCUUUUCAAGAAACCGCUGUCACUAUUUCGGCUCAAACACAUUAAUGUACAUCAUAGUUUGUUAUACAUAUUAAAUGUGUCACACCCAGAAACUUGUAUUUGUAUACUGUAAUUCAAUCUAAGCAAGUGCUUUGACUAAGAUAUGCACGAAGAUUCAUGAUUCAACAUUGCAUAUUAAAAAAUCUGAGGUUUUCAAAA